UUGAAAUUAGAAGAAUCGUCUGUGGAGUACCUUCAGGUGAGCUGUUUGAAAUGGUAUAUUUUAAAAGUGGUGAUCUAGUGUAGGUUAUUUGGAAUAGUUCUUUCAAUGAUCCUCCUCAAUGAUCGUUUUUAGCGGAAAUAUAAUUUGAACUACCAAGAAUCCAGAAAGACGCUUGGCCAAUAUGGCCUCAGUGGGCAUGCACAUACGAUUAAGAUCAAAGACCUUUCAGGUAAUGUACGUUAUUGGCGUAUAUACGCAUAGUCUUGUUACUUUGUUUAGUAAAUAUCAAUUCUGCUCUUCUCCCUCCAUUUUAAGCUUUCAAAUAAAGUUAUUUUUCCUCAACCUGGUCUACUUUAUAGCCUGGUUAUUUUUUAAAACGACGUACUAUUUCGUAAAACUGAUUUAGUUGUUUGCCAUCUUAAAUCUUGAAGUUAUCUUGUUGAAGAAUGAAAGUAGUGAUACAUUAUAAUUUGGUUACAGAGCUCAGUUGUGUUGUUAUCUAAUCAAUAUACACAGGGGUGGAUCCAGCAAGGUUUUUCUAGGGGGUUCUGGGUGAGCAGCCGAGUGUUCCUUUAUAAUUAUUUAUGGUUUGGUGGGAGAGCAUUCAAAUGAAUUGGCUUUCUAACGACUUGAGCGCCGAAGGCGCAAGCUCCCUAGGUGGUCCAGGGGUAUACCCUCCGGACCAUUUUGAACUGAUUAGAACCCUAGAAAUGCCAUUUCCUGCGAUAUGGGCAUUGGAUUAUGAGCUUCAGUAUGACUUCAAAAAAGGAAAAACCUUGGAAAUUGUGCCAUAUUUCUGAAUUUGAUUUUUGCACACCCCCCCCCCCGUUGACCAAGGCCAACAGGGGUGUUCACCCCCCCUAUAAAUCCACCCCUGAAUAUACACUUAUGUCUAGUUAAUUUAGAAGACUUUAAGACUCCAAGACCGCUCCCCACAGCCGCCUACUUUAUCAACACAGCCACCUCAGAAUAAUUCUGAAAGGCCUGAACUUCUGUGUCAUUCGUUUUAUAUAUAGGAGGACAAAAAUCUCGAGUGGCCUUUGCAGAUCUUGCGCUGAGUAAUCCCGAUGUCAUCAUUCUUGUAAGUAAACUGUCCAUUCACUGAUGUAAUCACAUUUCCAAUAAUCCAUGUAUUCAGAAAUAAUUUCUUCCCCUUGUUCUCAGGAUGAACCUACGAACAACUUGGACAUUGAAUCAAUCGAUGCUUUAGCUGAAGCCAUAAACAAGUACACUGGCGGUAAGUUAAAACGUCUAAAAAUUCUACAAUCUUUGGACAUAACUGGUUGAGAUUAUUUCCCCCCGAAAAUUCGCGUAUUUUUAUGAUAAACUCCAUGUUGAAUCAUGUUGCCAUUCUUAAAGCCCCGCUCCCCCAACUCAAUGUUGAGCUUGUAUCAUGGUAUAUUACCAAAAGUUCUUUCGGCGUUGUUCACAACAUUGAACUUGGGGGGGGGGGAGGGGGAGACAAAGUUUGUUUUGUCAAUGUUCAAUAACUUUGUACUAUUGGCUGGAAUGGUCUCAAGGGUUUUGUCCAAGAUUGUAGCUUCUAAUUUUUGCCUGCUUUGUCAUAUGCACAGAUAUUCGUUAGAACUUUGUCCAGUCCCAAAAACUGAGCAAACUAAUCAUGAACAAAGUAUUAUAAUUGGCUAAUCUUUAAUAAGCGUAUAUCUAAAGCUAUAGACAACCAAUGCAUAACUUUAGAUAUCUUUUAAGAUAAAAAAGUUACUAUAUAUAUUGUUCUAGUUUACAGAAGCAUAGAAUAGGACGAAGGUAACAAUGCAUUAGAAUUAUGUAGAUAAUUUUCAAUCUUAUUACCUUCGUUGUAUCUAUGUUUCUGUAACUUGCAACUAUAGUAACUAGGCGAGUGAAUUAUCUAAAGCCAUUUAAUCACUAUCAAAGCUGUAAACCACAUUACAUCAAAGUUUCUGUGAUCUCAGUAGGAAUUUUGCAUCGCGGGGAAUUCUAAGUUUUGAAGUGUUGAAGGUCCAUACAUAUUUGGAAAAUUUAAACUAGAAUCAAACUUAUCGUUCAGUGAAAAUCGAAAAAUCGCGUGGCGUUGUCGAAUCGCGUCCGGUGUGUAUGAGCCUUUAGUAUCACAUUUUUUAGCAAACUGACUUAGGGGCGGACAUUAGAAAAGUAAUGGGGGAGGGGGGGGGAGGGGGACUUUUUCAACUUGUACGAAUAUUUUUUUGCUUGCGUCGAUAAUUUUUUUAAAUAUAUUAUAAUAAUUUUUUUUUUAUUUCAACUUAUAAUUUUCCCUAUUGAAAAGUCUCUGCACGAAUUUUUUUUUCAAACUGUUUUGGUGCACGAAUUUUUUUCUUUCUGUUUCCCCUUUUUUUGAACCUCCCCAUCACUUUUCUAAUGGUCCGCCCCUUAAUCAUUAAUGUUAAACACUGAGUCAAUUCCCUCAAACAUUUCUGACACUGUGAUCUCAGAACCUUUGAUCACUGAUCAGUGUAAACCAGGCUUAAAAUUUUGAAUUGGGUAUAAACAAGCGUUAGCCAAAUUUGUCUAUUAUCAUAUUUUGAAGGUGUAAUCUUAGUAAGCCACGAUGCGAGGUUAAUUUUGGAAACCGAAUGUCAACUUUGGGUGGUCGAGGAUAAAAAUGUUCACGAAGUCGAAGGCGGUUUUGAGGACUAUCGACAAGAAAUACUGGACAAACUUGGCGAAACUUUAGCGCCGUCUGCCUAA